AUGACAAAGAGGGAACCGAAACCGUCAGACGGGAGCUGGGAGCCGGAGCGCGGGGAAAGGGGGCACCCGCGGAACUGCGACCUCCCUUCGCCCCCUUUAUUGCCGCUUCCGGACGCCUGGGAGGAUUUGAAAGCCUCCUUUCGAAUCCCUCCUCCAGGUUCCCGCCUCAGGGGGCCCAGGGGCUCCGAGCCAGGCCCCGCCAGGCUUCCUGAUUCCACCCCUGCCGCGCCCGCCUGCAGCUGGGCGGGCGGGUGGCGGCGGCGGCUGGGGGCGCGCGGAGUCUCUGCGGCUACUACGGCCCGCCGCCUUCCGGCCCGGCGACCUCCCGGUCCUCCUGCCCGCAGCGGGGAGGCAGUAGCUCAGCCAGAGCUGGGACUUUGGCUCCGCGCCCCGUCGAGACGUGAUCCCCCACGGAGCGCUGCGGAGCGCGUAUGCCGUCGGGGACGGCUGCGCUGGCCCGGGAGCGAGGGAACCCUGCAUAGGACUUGGGGACGUUCCGCGCAGUUCCAAGCGUGUCUGGAGUUGGGGGACAGAGGGGCGCAUCAGUCUCAAACCCCUUGCGCGGAGGGGCGACCGUCCCGAUCCCCAGGAGACCUGGUCCCACGGCAGAGGGCAGUGACGCAGUUUCUCCCGGCGGCUGCUGCAGGAGUCGCAAGGCAGGGACAGCUCAGACCGCAGGAGGAGCGGCGGGGGGGAAAGGUUGCUGCGAGGAGCUUCACCUCCGAGCCCAGGAGGCCCCCGGGACCAAGGAGCGCACGAGCUGAGAAAGAGUCAUCUCUACACCCAACAUGGGGCUUGAACUCUCCACUCGGAAAUGAAGUCCCACACUCUUCCCAGGAGCCAGCCAUACGCCCUCCGAUUUAUCUUUUUAAGGGCCAGAGCCUUUCUCUUAACGGACUCCAUCCACUCGGAGACCAACAGCGGUCAUCUGGGGGGCCUGGUGGCUGGCGCUCGUUCCCACCUGCCAGCCUGUCCCCUGCCCAGGCCACGCCCGUCCCGCAUGCUACGAAGCGCUUUCCACUCCCGCAGCUGCGCGUCUCUCCAGGAACCAAAGUGGAGAUGCCCUCGCCUGGUGGUCAGUCUCUGGGCUCGAGUUCCUUUUACCCGCCCUUCCUUGCCCGCCUAGAUCGUGGACUCUCCGCAUUCCUGGGAAGACCUUUCCAGAGCUUUCUGAAGCGGGUCCCAGACAGAGCGGCAACGCCUUCGGCCCAUGGCCGGCGUAGACGCGACCCUCUGAUCCCGUUUGGACGCCUGCUGAGACUCGCAGCCGGAGGUGUUCAGCUCGGAGUCCGGGAGAGGGCGUGGAGGGCAGCUCCGAGGACAAUUAUGCGUCGCUGGCUGAAUAAUUUUUAGCAAGACACGCUGCCCAGUAGCUGCAGAUGGCCCUAGUCCAAACCAAAUCGCUGCAGACAAGCGACUGCGGGUAGAUGGGUUUUGUUGAAAUGGAACACAAAUUAGCGAGAGAUUUUUAAAUGCUCGGUCUCGGUGGGAGGGUGUCUAAUUUGCCUCGGGAGUAAAAAUGGUGUUUGGAAAAGGGUUUCAUGAAAGGAUUUAAAGCCAAAAGAAAUUUAAAUUUGUUUUGUUUUGCACAGGUUCCAAGUUCAUCCCUGGGCGGGGCGGGGAGGGGGGAUAUGAGGGGGCGGUGUCGCCGCGAACUGCCCUGCGGAGGAAGAUAACACUCCAGCCGCUUGAAGUCCUAGACCCGGGGCAGAAGGUGCCACAGUCCUGCUCCUGGAAGCCCGACUGGCCUGUUUAUUCCACGUCUCUCGUGCUGCCCUCCUUGCCUUCUUCCUGGCUCUCCCGCUCGCUGGACCGAUCCAUCUGCCGGUACGUUGGCCCAA